UUCUCUUUCUCACUCAUCAUCAUCCUCUCUCACCACUAACUUAACCCAACCCAACCCAACCAUAGUUAACUCCCAACCCAACCCCUCCACCUUCUUCCUCUUCCUCCUCCCCCUUUAUAUAUAUCCCACCUGCACUUCAUCUCGCAUUCUCUCAUUCCCAUCAAUCCCCUCUCUUCACUUCAUUCCCAAAACACCCUUGCCACUCCCUCUCUUCACCCUCCUCAUUCCACUUCCACAUGUGAGGACAAUUCGGGUAUAUUAGAGUGCAAAAAACUAAAACCAAAGUAACGAACUAACUGAGCUGGUUAAGCAAACAUGAGUUGCAACGGUUGCCGUGUUCUUCGGAAGGGUUGCAGCGAAUCAUGUAUCCUGCGCCCUUGUUUACAGUGGAUCGAAACCCCUGAAGCACAAGGCCACGCCACCGUCUUCGUCGCCAAAUUCUUCGGCCGCGCCGGUCUCAUGUCCUUCAUUUCCAACGUCCCUGAAACCCAACGACCCGCUCUGUUUCAGUCUCUGCUGUUCGAAGCGUGCGGAAGAACGGUGAACCCGGUCAACGGCGCCGUCGGGCUACUCUGGACCGGGAACUGGCACGUGUGCCAGGCGGCGGUGGAGACGGUGCUUCGCGGCGGGACUCUGAGGCCUUUGCCGGAGCUUAGUGGUUUUGACGCGCCCUCCGAUGAGGCUUCUGACACGGAUGUUUGGAGGAUCCAAGAUCCGAGUCCGAAUUUCCGGUUUACAAGCUCGCGAUCUAACAACAAGGUUUCGGCCGGCGGCGGUAAACGAAGGCGGUCGGAGGACCACGUGAAGCUUCCGGCAGCGGCGGCGGCGAUCAACCUUGAUCUCCGUCUUACGCCGAUUUUCCUGCAGAAAGCUCCGGAGAGUAACCGCCGGGCUGGCUCGCCGUCGAUGAACUCGGAGGAGUCCGUUACCACGACGGCGUGCUUGGAGGGUGGAAUCGGAGAUCAGUGGGCCCACGGCGGAGACCGGAAAGUUCUCAACCUUUUCAUCUGAGGACUCUUUUUUGUUUAUGUUUUUGUGAAUCAAGUUUAAGAGGGUUUCUUCUUCUUCUUCUUCUUCCCGAUUUUGAAGCUCCGGUGAGUUUUUGUGAGAUACCCGCCGGCACAGGAUUUCUCCGGUGAGAAAGAUGAUGGUUCGUCGGUGAUCCUCCCUUCGUUUUUGUUUUUUGUUUUUACCCUGCCAAACAUGUAAACCUGUGACUGUGGGGCAUGAAUAUUAAAUAAAAAUAAUGAGUUAAUGACUUGACAUUA